GUUGUGCCCUGGCUGUGACAUCAGAGCUGCUCCCAUGGGAACAGCUCCAGAGCUUGGUGUGGACACGGAGUGACCGGAGCCAAACUGGCUCAGACCACCCUGGAUUCCCAUGGAUCAGCCCCAGUAGAGUUGUGCCUCCAGCUCCACAUCCGGGAGGAUUUUCCCAGGUGGAAGGAUUAGAUCUGGUGGGAUGUCAGAGACAUCCCGAAGAACCUGGGAGAUUCAUGGAAUGAUUCCAGGGGGUUCGGAGUGCUGAACCCAGACACAAAAGCACCUGGAAGAUGGAGCAGAGCCCCAUCGUGGUGAUCCUGCUGUGCGCGCUGUGCAUUCCGGCAAUGCUUCUCUUGGGAUCAGGAAUGGAGCUUCCCUUGGGAUCAGGAAUGGAGCUUCCCUUGGGAUUGGGCUCGGAGCUUCCCUCGGGAGCAGGAUCGGAGCUUCCCUUGGAACCGGGCUUGGAGCUUCCCUUGGGACCGGGAUCGAAGCUUCCCUUGGAACCGGGCUCAGAACUUUCCUCGGAACCGGGAUUGGAAUCGGGGCUUUCCUUGGACCCAGGAUCUGAGCUUCCAUCAGGAGUGAGAUCAGGCUCAGAGCUUCCCUCGGAACCAGGAUUGGAGCUUCCCUCAGGAGCGAGAUCGGGCUCAGAGCUUCCCUCAGAACCAGGAUUGGAGCUUCCCUCGGGAGCGAGAUCGGGCUCAGAGCUUCCCUCGGAACCGGGAUCGGAGCUUUCCUCAGAACCGGAAUCCGAGCUUCCCUCGGAACCGGGAUCGGAGCUUUCCUCAGAACCGGAAUCCGAGCUUCCCUCGGAAGCGAGAUCAAGAUCUGAGCUUCCCUCAGAGCUGGGAUCAGGCUUCACUCUUCCCCCGGGCGCGGGGUCCAUGCCGCUGGGGCUGAAGCCCAUGGUGGCCGUGAACUCCACGCCCUGCAGCGUCACCUGCGGGCUGGGCUUGAAGCAGGAGCAGCUGUGCGAGGUCAGCCCGGCCGGGGAGCGCCGCAACUGCUCCCUGGUGCGCUCGCGCUGCCUCACCGACUGGAUCUGCGGCCUCCAGCACUUCAGUAUUCCCGAGGGAAAACCCUUCAAGCUCAUCUGCCUCUCCCCGGAGGCCGCCAGCCUGGAGGGACCAAAUUUCGGCUACACCUGGAGGUUCGCCCGGGGGCUCAUCACCACCAACGACCUCCUGUUCCACCCUUUCCGCAACCCCAGCCCUUCCCUGAGCUUCUCGCCGGCGCUGGAGUCGCAUUCCGGGACCUACCGCUGCGACGUGCAGGUGCUGAGCUCCUUCCAGCUCGUCAAGAGGAUCUACUUCGGCCUCAGGGUGAUCCCCAAGGCUCUGGUGGAUCUGGACUUCGAGAAAUCCCUGACCUGGGAGCAGCAGCAGCUGGCCAGCGGGGAGGAACCACCGGGAAACGCCACGGGCGCCCCGGAGCAUCGGGAGAGUUUUUGGAAGAAGCAGUGGUUUUACGAGGCCGUGCUGGGAAUCGGGAGUGGGGUGAUCAUGGGGAUCCUGUUCAGCGUCGGGCUCUGCUGCCUGGGCAGGGUUUGCAGGAAAAGAGCAGCACGAGAAAUGAACGAAGAUUGACGCAA